AUGGACGGACCAUCGGAGCAAAUGAGGCCCCUCUUGAGGACAGGCCUAGAUGAGGAGGCAAUUGUUGACCAUGGAAAGAGCAGCUUCGCCACUCACACAAACUCUGAAGGGGAAGAGUUGGAAAGCCACAGAGCAGUGUACGUAGGUGUCCAUGUUCCCCUGGGAAGAGAGAGCAAGCGGAGGCAUCGCCACAGAGGACACAGACAUCACCGAAAGAAGAAAGAGAGAGACAGUGAGGAUGGAAAAGAAGAUGGCAGGGAUUCCCCUAUUAACGACACACCAUCUCAGAGGGUACAGUUCAUCCUGGGAACAGAGGAUGAUGACCUCGAGCACAUCCCACAUGACCUCUUCACCGAGCUGGACGAGCUCUCCUUCAGAGAUGGCCGUGCCACUGAGUGGAGAGAAACAGCCAGAUGGUUGAAAUUUGAAGAGGAUGUGGAAGAUGGUGGAGAGAGAUGGAGUAAGCCGUAUGUGGCCACGCUGUCACUACACAGCUUAUUUGAACUGCGUAGCUGCAUACUGAAUGGCACAGUCAUGCUGGAUAUGAGGGCCAACAGUAUUGAGGACAUUGCCGACAUGUUGAUAGACAGCAUGGUGGCGUCAGGCCAGCUCAACGAGGAUUUGCGCGAAAAGGUGCGAGAAGCCAUGUUGAAGAAACAUCACCAUCAGAAUGAGCGAAAGCUCAGCAAUCGCAUCCCUCUGGUGCGCUCCAUUGCUGACAUAGGCAAGAAACAUUCUGACCCACUCUUGCUUGACAGAAACGGAGAGGGCCUGUCUUCCUCACGUCUCUCUCUCCACAAGCCAGGGUCAGCCCCCUCUGUCUCCAGCCUGUCCCAGAGGCGAGAGUCAAGAGUCUCCGUCCUGCUCAACUACCUCCUGCCCUCUUCCUCCUACAGCACUGGCCUAUCCCCAGGCCUCACCACCCCUCAAAAUACCCCUUCAUCAUUUCGCCGUCCCUCUCAGAGCCCUUCACAAAGCCAUCGCACUGGCUUCGGUCCUCAAGGAAUCCCAGAGGUGGUGGUAUCUCCUCCUGAGGACGAUGACCCACCAAACUCUGCAGAGGAGGAUACAGUAUCACCACAGCUCAGCCGGCGAGCAUCCUCAACACCCCAGAACCUUGAGCUGCUGCCCUUAGAAGGACCACUGAUGCCUCAUAACUCUGCUCCAAGCAACCUGGAUGGCAACAAGACAAUGGAAAGGAGGCCUUCUAAAGUAGGGGUCAGUAGAGAAGGCAGCAGUGUGGACUUCAGCAAGGUGGACAUGAAUUUCAUGAAAAAGAUUCCUCCGGGUGCUGAGGCCUCAAAUGUGUUAGUGGGAGAGGUGGACUUCCUGGAGAAGCCCAUAAUUGCGUUUGUGCGAUUGUCACCAGCAGUCCUUAUCACAGGCCUCACUGAGGUGCCUGUGCCCACAAGGUUUCUUUUCCUCCUUUUGGGCCCUCGCGGUAAAGGACCACAAUACCAUGAGAUUGGCAGAUCAAUGGCAACACUAAUGACAGAUGAGAUUUUCCAUGAUGUGGCAUACAAGGCCAAAGACCGAACUGAUCUGCUCUCUGGGAUAGAUGAGUUCCUCGAUCAAGUAACUGUUCUUCCACCUGGAGAAUGGGACCCCACAAUCCGAAUUGAACCUCCGAAGAAUGUCCCCUCUCAGUUAAAGAGAAAGAUACCUUCUCAUCCCAAUGGCACUGCCUCUCCAGCUGGUGAGCUGGAAAAAGAUGAGGACCACCAUGUGGGGCCCGAGCUGCAGAGAACUGGGAGGAUAUGUGGAGGUUUGAUCCAAGAUGUCAAGCGUAAAGCACCUUUCUACUGGAGUGACAUAAAGGACUCGUUCAGUCUGCAGUGUUUAGCUUCUGUCCUCUUCCUCUAUUGCGCCUGCAUGUCCCCCGUCAUCACAUUUGGAGGUCUUCUUGGAGAGGCAACAAAAGGCAACAUAAGUGCAAUAGAGUCUCUCUUCGGAGCAUCAAUGACAGGAGUGGCGUACUCCCUCUUUGCAGGCCAGCCCCUCACUAUUCUUGGCAGCACAGGGCCUGUUUUAGUCUUUGAGAAGAUCCUCUUUAAAUUCUGCAAGGACUACAGUUUGUCUUACCUAUCGCUGAGGACCAGCAUCGGGCUAUGGACGGCCUUUCUCUGCCUUGUUCUGGUGGCCACAGACGCGAGCUCACUGGUCUGCUACAUCACCCGUUUCACAGAGGAGGCCUUUGCGGCGCUCAUCUGUAUAAUCUUCAUCUAUGAGGCUCUGGAGAAGCUAUUUCACCUUGGAGAAUUCUAUCCUGUGAAUAUGCACAACGAUUUGGACAAUCUUACCCUCUAUUCGUGCCAGUGCUCUCCGCCCACGAAUGUAACCGAUCAGCUCCUGCAGCAGUGGAACCAGACGGGUUACACCAGCUCCGACUCCAUCCCAUGGAACAGCCUCAACGUUCCGAUGUGUAAAAUGCUCCAGGGGGAAUUUGUGGGUCCAGCCUGUGGUCACCAUGGGCCCUAUAUCCCAGAUGUUCUCUUUUGGUCCAUUAUCCUCUUCUUCACCACCUUCUUUUUGUCCACAUUCCUAAAGCAGUUUAAGACAGAAAGAUACUUCCCAACCAAGGUGCGUUCCACUAUCAGUGAUUUUGCUGUGUUCAUAACCAUUAUGAUCAUGGUGCUAGUGGACUAUCUGAUGGGCAUCCCCUCUCCCAAACUGAAUGUCCCUGACCGCUUUGAACCGACUUCAAAGAACAGAGGCUGGCUGAUGGAUCCACUGGGAGACAAUCCCUGGUGGACGCUGCUGGUGGCGGCACUUCCUGCUUUACUCUGCACCAUCCUCAUUUUUAUGGACCAGCAGAUUACUGCAGUCAUCAUUAACCGCAAAGAGCACAAGCUAAAGAAAGGCUGUGGUUAUCACCUGGAUCUGCUGGUUGUGGCUGUGAUGCUGGGUGUGUGCUCCAUUAUGGGCCUGCCUUGGUUCGUAGCUGCCACUGUCCUCUCCAUUUCCCACGUCAACAGCCUGAAGGUGGAGUCUGGCUGCUCCGCACCAGGGGAACAGCCCAAGUUUCUGGGAAUCCUGGAGCAGAGGGUCACGGGUUUUAUGAUCUUUGUCCUCAUGGGUUGCUCUGUUUUCAUGACAUCAGUACUGAAGUUUAUUCCCAUGCCUGUUCUGUAUGGAGUGUUUCUCUAUAUGGGCGUUUCAUCCCUCAAAGGCAUUCAAUUCUUUGACAGAAUCAAACUGUUUGUCAUGCCUGCCAAACACCAGCCGGACUUGAUUUAUUUGCGCUACGUGCCACUCUGGAAGGUCCACGUCUUUACCCUGGUGCAGCUAACCUGUCUGGUUCUGCUCUGGGUGAUCAAGGCCUCUUCAGCAGCUGUUGUGUUCCCCAUGAUGGUUCUGGCACUUGUGUUUGUGCGAAAGCUUCUAGACUUCUUCUUUACCAAGAGAGAGUUGAGCUGGCUGGACGAUAUCAUGCCAGAAAGCAAAAAGAAGAAGGAGGACGACAAGAAAAAGAAGGCACGUGAAAAGCUGGAGCAAGAGUCCAGACAGCAGGAGGAAGAGGAGAUGGGACUAAAGGUCAGCUUUGAGGACUCAAACCUUCUCAACAUCCCAGUGAAAACACUCUCAGGGAGAUCGUACAGAAUAGGAGUAGUGACCCACAGCCUCCCUGGGGAUAAAGAGCCAAGAGAUGGUGGCCUGUGUUAGAGUGGAUGUCAGCCCCGAAUCACCCAGGGAGGGCUCCAGUGCCGAGACCUUCCUGUGAAAGAGGAGGGCCCCCCCCCCCCCAGCCCUGUCCCCCCCAGACACGUGUCGGACGGGUAAAGCGAACUCUGAACUGGAGCAGCACGGCUUCUCUGCAGAGCUUCUCUCCCCCUCCAGGGAAAUAAAAAGCUUCUGCAUGGCUGUGAGUCCAGCUUUAGGUCAUACAUACUCAGCACUUGUACAAAUUUCUGCCACGAUGCACCGUAUUACAUAGGGAUGAAGGAAUUCUGCAGUUACUGCCCAUCAACGCUCACUGUUUAGGAAUUCUCUCAGCCCACCCGUUUCGACCACAGAUGCCAAAGAAGGAGCCUCACUGGUGGGGGAUCUUGGACUGUGUGGCCUAAGAUGUUGUUUGUUUUGAUUUUAGUUUACAUUAGCUGGUGCUUUUUCUUUCUAUGUUUUUAUUUGUGUGCGUUUGUGUGGGCUGAUUUAUGACCUUCCGCCAAACAGCAACAGUUUUAGCGAAAGCCUUUUAAGUACUGCCAGCGUCAAGACGGAGUCAUUGUGGAGUCAUUCUGGAGCUGUUGGUGCGCAGUAAGCAACACAACCCAAAACAGCAGGGCACUGGGACACCACAGCACCAGCGCUUGUCGUUGGGUGGAGGUCUGCCGCCUAAGGGGAACGGCCGGUGUUGACAGUGCUGCUUAAGGGUUUGUAAGCUGUUUCCUCCACACAGCUCACGUUUGAUAGCGUUUGUGGACUUGAAGUAUCUUAGUAAGUUUCCUGUACCCAUUGGAUUUGUCACGCAGAUAAAAACCUACUUCGGAGGCCAUAUGAAGUCUGUAUUUUACAGUAAGCACUUUGCCAUUAAAGCUCGUGACCUGAAAUAGAUUGUAUUGCGUUUAUGAAAAGGUAACGUCCCCCUCCAACUAUUUCUAGAGAUGUUCAAAAACAACUCAGGAAUAUUGAAGGGUUUCUGACCGUGCAGCAACUUCCUGCCCACUGUAUUUUCCUCAGAUAUUUUAACGACAAAGAAAACGAAUAGAAGACUUGCUAUCCCAGUGCGUGGCACCUGUUUUUAUACUGUGCAUCAUUGUGAACAUCUGUGCGUGUGGUAUUCCAAUAAUUUGAUAUGUCUCGCGUUGCAAAUAAAUUUAUGCAAAACAUUUCUACCGUGUAAGUAAAAGCUAUAAUAAUCGAGGAGUUUUGAUCGUAUUUUUUGCUGAGUGCAGUCAUGUUUUAGGCAAUAAGUAUUCCAUACGGUCCAACGUCUGGACCCCUGAACUCUUAUUAACGUUCUGGCAAAGAAUAUUUUGUGCAACUGUUGUGUGUCUGUUUCUUUUGUGUGUAGCGACUCUAUGAACAAUAGCUUACGUGCCUUGUUGGAGCUCUUUCCGUGUGUGUCGUGCUACUGAGUGUGGAAGUGUCCAGAGCAGACGUGCAGGUUCACAGGACAGCCGCCUGUCCACGGCUCUGCUUCCAGCCGCCGUCGUGUCGUCCCACCUCUCUGUGAAAACUCUAACCCGAGCCACCACCUCCAGAGCUGUACUUGGACUUUUCUUCCGUUUUCGGCUGUAUCAAAAUGCCGUUUAUCGUGUGUGUGUGUGUGUGUGUCUCUGUGUUCUGCCGUCACAUCUCUAGUAGUUGCUCACCACAUAAACACAGAGUACUGAGGUGCAGAUUCUUGUUCGAAUAACUAGUGAAUGUCAACUCGUCGUGCCGUCAAUGUCAAAAGAUGGAGAAACAUUUAUAUUUAUUUAUCUAGAAGAAAAAAAAAAAAGGAAACAUAGUUGUGGUGUAUUUCUCUACACAUUGACCAUAGUGAGCGUCACAGAGGCACUUAAAUGUUCCAAAUGAUAUAGUUUAUGUUGAUGAACAAAGGCCCUAUUUUCACAUUACUGGUCUUAUUCAAGUGUCAUUUUUAAUAAAGGCUAUCUGCAGCAAAAGUGGGUCGACCUCCAAGACCACC